GUCCUGGAUACAAUAUAUCAAAACAUGAAAGUCAGUGAGUUUUUGUCCACCCAGUACCACUCAUUUCUUCAUAUUAAAGUGAAGCCAGAUUGUUUUUCAAAACAAUAGUUUUGAAAAGAAUAGUUGUUCAAAAUAUUUAUAUAAGAUUUAUUUCCAUCAUAUCUCGACUAUCAUUAAAUCCUUUCAAAGGCAGCAAAGUGGAUGUAUGAUUCUCUUUCCAUUUAAAAUACGUUUUCAUUAUAAACGGCCGCUUAGCUGGCUUGGUAUGUUUUCCUGAAUCCAGGUUAUGAAAGGUGAUCUUCAAUUUCAUCUAUGGUCAUUUCCUCUGUUUUGCCAUUAUGCCAUCUCUUUAGGCAACACCUUUAAUCCCUCCUAGGUGUCCACUGCAUCUAUCUUCCGUGAAGUUCCACACAUGGACAUUGUACAAACGGUUGGCAUGACUAUCGUCGGAAACUUCACGAGGGCUGUACACGCACUGUCACUAGUUCUCAGGAUGUGCAGCCAUGAGUGGGCACCCAAAGGCUGAAAUGUAGUACACCGCCAGGGUGGUAAGAAGGGCUUUCCCGCCGACCCCAGGCACCACAGAGAAGCAGUUAGAACUUGGGGGCACAAGAUUCUUCUCCCAGCUUUGGAAUCUCUGACAAGACAUUGAGGUUCUGGAGGGCUCCCUGGGUGGGUGGUGCGGUGACCUCAAAGGCAAAGGAGCCCCCUCGGGGACCGACGCCCCUGCCUCCCAUGUGCGCCCAAGCCAGCUCCCAAGCUAGCACACCUGCCCCAGGCGGCCCGAGCGGAAGUGGCGGCGUGUCCGUCGGUCCGUCCUUCCGGCCCGCCGUCCGCCAACUUCCGGCGGCGGGUGGGCGCGCGCCAGGUAACGGCCUUCAGCGCCGAGGCUCGGCCGGCGGCGGUGGCGUGUGGAUGGAGGCCUUGGCCCCGGGCCGGGCUCCGCGGGGCCGGCGGCGGGCUGGGGCCGCGGGCUCCACGCUCUCGGCGCUGUCGGUGGCCGCCGUCCUGCUCUCCGCCUUGCUGCGGGCGCCCCCUGCAGUUGGAUAUUUGGCUCGAUUGCCAAGAAGUUUUCGCUUGAUUCAAGAUUCACUGAAAAUAGUGGGAUCAUCACAUUUUCCCGUGAGUGUAUAUGUCAUGCUCCAUCAAAAGAGUCCGCAUGUGCUAUGUGUAACCCAACACCUGAGAAACACUGAACUGGUAGACCCAUCAUUCCAAUGGCAUGGGCCAAAAGGAAAAAUUGUUUCAGAAAACAGCACUGCACAAGUGACAUCCACAGGAAGCCUCAUAUUUCAGAACUUUGAGGAGACCAUGAGUGGGGUUUAUACAUGUUUCCUGGAGUACAAACCAACUGUGGAAGAAGUUGUUAAGAAUCUUCAACUGAAGUAUGUUAUUUAUGCUUAUCGUGAACCUCAUUUUUAUUACCAGUUCACAGCUCGAUACCAUGCAGCUCCCUGCAAUAGUAUCUAUAACAUUUCUUUUGAGAAGAAACUUCUUCAGAUUUUAAGUAAACUGGUUCUUGACCUUUCCUGUGAAGUUUCCUUGCUUAAGUCUGAAUGCCAUCGUAUUAAAAUGCAAAGAGCUGGUUUGCAAAAUGAAUUAUUCUUCACAUUUUCAGUUUCAUCUAUAGACACUGAUAAAGGAACCAAGCCAUGUACAGAGCCAAAUUGUGAUACUUCCAAAAGAUUAUCUAAGGCUAAAAAUCUCAUAGAGAGAUUUUUUAAUCAGCAAGUAGAAGUCCUGGGCAAACGUGUGGAGCCACUGCCUGAAAUAUACUACAUUGAAGGAACCCUUCAAAUGGUGUGGAUUAACCGCUGCUAUCCAGGGUACGGGAUAAAUGACCUGAAACAUCCAAGGUGCCCUGAGUGCUGUGUGAUCUGCAGCCCUGGAUCCUACAAUCCCCGGGAUGGAACUCACUGCCUCCAGUGCAAUAGCAGCAUGGUGUAUGGAGCGAAGGCGUGCGCAUAGGCCAGUGCCUCGUGUGACCCAGUGGUUUAUUAAACACAAAAGUAUAUUUUUUUGAAGUGCUAAAUUAUAAUAAAUCACUAUUAUGCUAAAAUUAAAUAAUCAUAAUUUACAAAGACAUGGUGUCCUCAUUCAAUCCAGUACUAUAUGCAUCAUCUUUCUUGGUUAAUUAAUACUAGAGCUCCAUUUUACACCAGAUGACCCCGGUGUCACUGCAUUUUAAAAACUGGUUCAAAUGUUCUGUAUUAGGUGAUGAUGGAGAUUUUUUCAGGAAUUUCAAAAGUAUCCCAUUUUAUCUUUACUAUGUAUCACCUAGAUUCAGGCCAUCAUAUUCUGUUAUAAGACCUUUAAUCUUACAGAACUUUAUCUAUUUGAGCUUGGCUUUUCACAGCUCAGAGCCAGUUUCAAAAAUAUGUUCUGGGUCUCAUCACUGUACUUGUUAGCAUAAGACCUACACCUAGGGAAACUGGGUUUUCCUAUGGGUCAAUGUGUUGUCUUAAACUAUCAGUUACAGGUAGCACAGGCCUGUAAUCUUAGUACUUGGGAGGCAGAGGUGGGAAGAUUAGGAGUUCAAAGUCCAAGGACAGCCUGGACUACAUGAGAUCCUGUUUCAAAAAGUGUCUUACAUUACCUCCUUGACAUUUUAGAAUGGAGCAACCAUAGAAUUUUCUCAGUAGACUAAUGUGGUGUGUCUUCCCUACAGUACAAAGACAAAGGAUUAAUAAUCGUCUCAUUUCAUUUACUGUACCAUUCAAAUGAGUACUGUGUGCCAGAAGUCACUGCUGUUUCUACUAAUACCUUCUUUUAUAUUGGGAUACCACAUUUGAAUACAAGGAGUUGCCAAUUUGUAAUGAUUUAAAUAGAGGAAAAUUCACAAGGAACUUUGGAGUCCUUUUCUGAAGUCCCUAGUGAUCAUCACCUGGUUCACAUUUCCUGCAUCUUCUCUGUGAGACGUUGCCUGCUUUGCUCUUGACAUUUCCUGUCUUAAAAUACAAAUGACUGAAGAGUGGAAAGAAUAAACAGUGGAAUUUCAGCACCUUUGAGUGACAGGUUAGCUAACAAGGAGCUAUACUGUUGGCUUGUAGAGACUAAGCCAGCUAGAAAAUAUCCUAUUUGAUUUUUCUGUGGAUAAGCACAGCCUCAGAAUUCUCACACAAAUAGCAGAAGGCAAAUGGCCUGUGGUUGUUCUUGGUUAGCCCUCAUAGCAGUUACUUUCUGUCUCUGGGUUUUCAUCAUCAUAAUCUGAUUGCUCCUCUAUAGCAAGUAGCGAUAUUUCAGACACCUUCUUUCCUAUGGCAGGUAACAUAUUGAGCAUUACAUAGUUUGGGUGAAAUAGUUGCUUUUCUCUAAUUAGCAUAUAAAUUCUGUAACUUCUAAAACACAAGUCUCCUUUGCUAAAACUUCCUGAAGCCAUCCCAAUUCUUAAGUAUAUAUUGGAAUUGAUUGAA